UCCAGUAGUUGAGCAUCCCUCAUUUCGCUAGCUUUAGACGCCUGUGUUCAGUAGGGAAAAUGUGGCGAUGGCAGCUGGGAGGAGUUUAUGUUUUGGUCGUCAGCUGAUACGCUGUAGUUGUCAAGUGAGAUGCUCAGUCGCAUGUGGAAACGUCUUCGUAAGACACAAGUUAUGUAUCAACCAAGGAAAGAUUAUUACCUUUUUCCCGGAUGACAUAAACAACCAAGAUUACCGACCGUUCUUCAGUUUUACUGGGCUCAGCGACAAAAAGAAGGAAUAUUCUGGGAGAAAGCUAGUUGGGUAUUCCAUGGAACAAAUGUUUGAUGUGGUUUCUGACGUUGAGAACUAUAAGAAAUUUGUUCCAUUUUGUAAAAAAUCUAUAGUUUUUUCAAAACGACCAGGUCAUUUGAAAGCUGAUCUUGUUAUUGGCUUCCCUCCAAUAAAUGAAAGUUACACAUCAAGUGUAACUCUUGUGAAACCACAUCUAGUGAAAGCAGAGUGCACAGAAGGAAAAUUAUUUAACCAUUUGCUAACAAUAUGGAAAUUUAGUCCUGGUUUGAAAAAUAAUCCGAAAUCCUGCAUUAUUGAUUUUUCUGUAUCUUUUGAAUUUCGAUCAACUUUGCAUUCACAGCUUGCCCAUAUGUUCUUCAAUGAGGUAGUUAGACAAAUGGAAGGUGCCUUCCUGACAGAAGCAACAAGGCGCUAUGGGAAGGCAUCAGUUCAGACAAAAAGAAUUGGCAUAGUUUAUGCUAAUUCGUAACACGGUUGUUAGUUUUGAAUAGUCUCUUAACUGUUUUUAUAUCUGGCAAAGACAUAUUUUAUCUGCAAAUUUUUCAGUGCUCAAUGAAUUUGUGAACUGCUGCCAUUUCCCAUGCUUGUAUUUGAAUAAUUCAUAUACAUAAAAUUGUAUAUAUGUGUAAAAAAUCAAAAUGUUUUAGUUCCAAACUGUUAUGCCGCUCCUUGACACCUAGUAUAAUACUGUAACUCAUUUUAACUGAGAGGAAACUGUUACCGUAAGAUUGUACCUAAUGUUAUAUACUUGAUAAAUAAAUUUAUUUUCAAAAUA